AUGAACGCAGACGAGCCCACUCCACGCGUGGGAUUUGCGCAGCUCAAGAACAUGAUAGGUCGCCGGGUGCUCUUUGUGGGCCGCGUGGAGAGCCAAGACGUUGGACGGGCGCACAUGGCGGCGCCCGACGGUUCGAAGGUUGUGAUCGAGGGCGCCAGCAGCGCGUUCGAGACGCAGUUUGCAGAGGUGCAAGGCGUCGUGGUCGACCCGACCACCAUCCGAGAAGAAUCACACGUCGACUUUGGGGAGAACUUUGACAUGAACACAUACAACGAGCUCUUGCGGCUGGCCAAUGGCCCCCACCAGCAGAUGUUUUACCAGUGA